UGUCGGAGCCAGUCCAUCGGGAGUCUGCCGCACCCGGCGCCUUGCAGAAGGGAGGGCAGCCGCACGCCAUUGGUAGAGUUGCUCGCCAAACUUGUUGACUCAUAUGCGCGCGUCUCAUCAGAAUCCGCCUCCUCUUCUUCCUCCUCCUCUUCCUCCGAUCUGAUUGCACGCGCCAUUCAGCGGGGAAUCAUUUCAGUUUCCACCUCCCCCCCCUCUCCCUGCAACCACGGUGUUUUUUACGCGCAUCUUUCUCGGGUGGAUUCCACGCAAGCCGCCAGCCUCCAUCGAGGAGCCCGCUUUUUUCACUUUCCCCCAAAAAAAAGGUUCUGAUUGAGAGAUGGCUUUUAUGGUCAAGCACGUGGUGGGGGGCCAGUUGAAGAACUUGACUGGCGGUUUGACGGAGGAGAAACCCGAAGCGGAGAAGACGGACGCGGCGGCGCAGGGGAUGACACAGGAGGAGUUCGAGCAGUACCAGCAACAGUUAGAGGAGGAGAAACAAGAACGAGAGGCAAAUUUUGCCCAGAAGAAAGCCGAGCGAGCCACCGUGAGGAGUCAUUUUCGAGACAAGUACAGACUACCAAAGAACGAGCUGGACGAGACCCAGAUCCAGCAGGCGGGCGACGACGUGGUCCUGCCCACCGAGCUGGCCAAGAUGAUCGCCGAGGACGGCCAGGAGGAGGCGCACAAGCAGUCUGUGCUGGGUCAGCUGUCCAACCUCCAGAACGUCGACAUGGACCAGCUCAAGGACAAGGCCCAGGCGACGCUGGAAGACCUCAAGAAGCAGACGGAAAACUGCAGUCUCAUGUGAUGUCGGGGAGCUGAGGUUUGCCCAAGGUCGAGCUUCUGGGGAGGAGGGAGUAGUCGUGUUUGUUCAAAUGAUUAAUUACGGAAGCUUGGAGCUGCCGCUAAACAUUUUUUAACAGGCAUUUAGCUUUGGCAUUUUUUGCCAGUCAAAAAAUGUUUACUCCACUUUGGCAGCUCCACGUAAAUAACAAUAAUGCUAAAAACAAAUCCGACUCAUUCAAUAGGAAACAUUUUGCCGAAAAUUCUUUGACGUUUGAUAUUUUCUUGGCAUUUUUAACAAAAUUAUUCAACAUUUCACCUGGAAGCUACUUUUAUCAAUAGGCCCAUUAUUGAUAAAAUUUUUAUGGUUUUCUUUUAACCAAUGACGUUCGAGCAAAUAAGCCAUGUGUCACUUUAGAGACGUUACCGUGCGCAAUACAUGAGACGUAGCUCUCCGACUUUUUUCCGAAAGCAAAGCCUGUCUUUGUGCUGCACAUUGAAGUCUCAUUGAAAUACUCGCUACAAAUACAUAUAUAAAAAGCUGCUAGAAAGGUACAAACGUAAAUGCUUUUUAGAGGCCAAAGUCCGAAUAUUUGUGUCUUCAUAACGCCGAUACUUCUGUUGUGUGUACGCGCUGAGCUCGUCGUAUGGUGCCGUUUCGUGCCAGUGGAUUAGCUGUCGUCGUGUCGAGUGGUGUCCUCGUGAACCUUGUUAGCGCUAAUGCUAAGGCCGCGGCCUCGCGGUGUCGUUUUCAGAGGAGUCAGGAGAGAAUUAUGGUGUUGUUGUUCGUGGAC